GCACGUUAAGUACCCGCACCUCAUGAUGGUAGGACUCCUUCUGAGCCCCAGGAAUGAGAUGCCUUCUCCAACGCCUAGACUUUGGCUCAUUGCGGCAAGAAAGCGGCCUCUUCUAGCGGGUGGCUACCGAUCAAGACAUUCGAUUUCUUCGUCUAAUGUGGGCACACCCUUCAUCACGCAAGACAUGCGUCUCGACCGCACAAACGGCACCCCCAGGACAUGCGGUGCAUAUUCCGAAAAGGUUAAUUAGUCCGCGCCUCCUUGUUUCUGGAACCGAAAUCUGCGAUUUCUAGCUUUGGGGAACUUAAUCAAAAACGGUGGCGAGAUGGGAGGGAGUCUAGCAAGUCAGGUCCCACGCUCACCCUUCUUCGCUUCCUGGAUUUGGAUUGCGCUCGACGCAGUGUAUGUAGAUAGGGCUGAAUGCUGCUUCAUAUUCCAAGGCGAUAUGUCCUCAAAUGCGAAGCUCGUCAUGAGACGCGUUGCCAGACAAGGGGAAAGGUUUGGAUCAACUGUCAAUCCAUCCAGAUGGGCUCAUUUGCUCCGCGCCCUGGGAAUAGCAAGUGAUUCACGCAGGGCCGCCCGUACACUGGUCGGCCGGUCUUGGUCAUAUCUCAGCUCAGCGUUGUGUGGACCAGUCAUUGCUAGAGGCGGCAACAUAGAAGUAUGCGAGCGCAAGCACACGGCUAACUGGCCUAGCGCCUCCAAGCUGUGAAGCCAGGCGGCGUGCGCGUUGGCACAUCAUGCGAUUGGUACGGAUUCGGGCUCGAUUUGCGGGAGGCGUAAGAGCCUGACCUAUUGCUGACUGACGCCAGCGUUGGCCGGAGAGGGGGAGUCUGCCUGGACUGCAGCACGUGGUCCACGUUGCGCGUUCGACAAGGGCGCUCCUCCUAAUUGUAAGUGAUCGAUGAGCAGAAGAUGCGCUCGUGGUAAGACAGGUGACCCCCAACAUUGGAGAGAAGUGCAGCGUUUCCGUUCCUUCGCUCUGAUUUGCGCGUAAUGUGUGCGUGCGAAUUUUCCAGCUUUCGGCUUCGCGGACGGGCUUGCGGUUCAGUGAC